AAAGAUCAUUACCAGCUGUUAGAAAAGUCCUGAUAUGUAAAUUUGUACUAAAAACCUGGUCCGACCUCGGAGAUACAAGCUGACGAGUCUAAAUGUGUAAGGCACGUUAUAUUGGGAAUAAUGGCGCAAGAAAACUUAUCAAGAUCGGAUGCCGGAAAACAAACUGAAACUUUUAUACAACUACGAUGCGUGACAGGAUGGGCAGAUGAAAUACGCAUGCCACUGAUAUUUCUCGUAACAACCAACAUUUUUCUGUCCAUUACUACAUUUGUCGGUAAUACCCUGAUCCUGGUCGCCCUUCAUAAGGAUUCUUCCCUACAUUCGCCAUCCAAACUUAUGUAUCGUUGUCUGGCAACAACUGAUGUCUGUGUUGGUCUGAUUGCUGAGCCUUCCGCCAUUAUGUAUUGGCUGUCCUUGCUCCACGAAGAUUGGAAUCUUUGUCGCUAUGCGGUAGUUACCUAUUUUGUGGCAGGUUACAUUCUAACAGCAGUCUCUCUCUUGACAAUGACUGCAAUAAGUGUGGACAGACUUCUCGUCCUGUUGUUGGGACUGGGAAACAGACAAGUUGUGAAUUCGAAGCGAAUAUAUUUGAUUCUCAUUACGUUCUGGACUGUUUCGAUUCUGCAUGGGGCAUCUUACAUUGUAGAUCACCGUAUAGCUUAUUGGACUUCUCAUAUCGUUACACCAUUGUGUCUAGUAACAGCGACGGUCUCGUACACAACAAUUUUUUACCGUCUCCACCACAGCCUAAAUCAAGCACAGGUACAAGUCCCACAACAGCCAAGCCAACCAGUUCCACUGAACAAAGUGAGAUACAGAAAGGCACUGCACAGUGCACUGUUGGUGCAGUUGGCAUUCGCUGUUUGCUAUCUUCCAUACGGUGUAGCCGUAACACUUCUACCGAAAGGUAGACUAUCUACUUCUGAAUUUCUAGUCUUAGAAGGCGUUGUGACCUUAGUUUUCUUAAACUCUUCGUUGAACCCGUUUCUCUAUUGUUGGAAGAUUAGUGAAGUAAGGCAGGUAGUAAAGGAGAUAAUCAGACAAGCACUUUCCUGUCCAUAGAGUUGGCUGUAGUCUUAGAGCAAGUUGUGACAGUGUAAGUAUCUGUAAGUAAAGAAGGCAAACAAAGGCAGAAAUGUUAGUUGAUUAAGAAUCAAAUCCAUUUGAUCAGGAUUAGUGAUGCACUUUGUUAUACUCUUUCGAACUUCAGCCGGGGGCGAUAAAUGAGAUGCUAUUCUAUUCUGUUGUUUGGAAACGACUGA